CGUGCGGCGCUGCUCCCUCCACCACCGCUCGCCCCGCCGGCUGGCCGCCCCCACUCCUCACAGCCACUUGACGGCGUCCCCAUGGCUGCUGCCUCUUGCCGCCCCAGCCAUGGAAGCUUCUGCCUCCUCCUGCUGCUGGUUGCUGUUGGUGCCGCCGCUGCUCUUGGUGCGGCAGGGAGCUCCUCCCAUGUCCAGCUGAGUGUGGAGUCCCUGCUCCCUGCCGCAGGCUCGUCUUGCCCCACACCAAAAGAGCAACAACAUGGCGCCGCCACGGGGACGCGGAUGCCGGUCGUGCACCAGCACGGCCCGUGCUCGCCGCUGUCCGGCAAGCGCGAGAAGGCGCCGUCCCACACGGAGAUCCUCGCGGCGGACCAGCGCCGCGUCGAGUACAUCCACCGCCGCGUGUCCGAGACCACCGGCCGGGUGAGGCCGAAGCGCGCCGCGGCACCGGUCCACCUCCAGCCCCGCGCGCCGUCGACUCCCACCCCGGCGUCGCCCUCGUCCUACGCGAAGUCGGCGAACCUCCCGGCGUCGUCCGGGCGCGCGCUGGGCACGGGCAACUACGUGGUGACCAUCGGGCUCGGCACGCCGUCCGAGCGAUUCACGGUGGUGUUCGACACCGGCAGCGACACGACGUGGGUGCAGUGCCAGCCGUGCGUGGCCUACUGCUACCGGCAGAAGGAGCCGCUCUUCAGGCCGGCCAAGUCGUCCACCUACGCCAACAUCUCGUGCACGUCGUCCUACUGCGACGACCUCUACACCAGCGGCUGCGACGGCGGCCACUGCCUCUACGCCGUCCAGUACGGCGACGGCUCCCUGACGGUCGGCUUCUACGCCCAGGACACCCUCAAGCUCGCCUACGACGUUGUCAAGGAGUUCCGGUUCGGGUGCGGCGAGAAGAAUCGCGGGCUGUUCGGGCGGUCGGCGGGGCUGAUGGGGCUCGGCCGCGGCAAGACGUCGCUGACGGUGCAGGCGUACGACAAGUACGGCGGCGUGUUCGCGUACUGCCUCCCGGCAACGACGUCGGGGACGACGGGGUUCCUGGACUUCGGCCCGGGCGCGCCGGCGGCGAACGCGCGGCUGACGCCGAUGCUGACCGACAACGGGCCGACAUUCUACUACGUGGGGGUGACGGGCAUCAAGGUGGGCGGGCACCUGCUGCCCAUCCCGGAGUCCGUCUUCUCCGCCGCCGGCGCGCUCGUGGACUCCGGCACGGUGAUCACGCGCCUGCCGCCCUCGGCGUACGAGCCGCUGUCGUCGGCGUUCGCCAGGGGCAUGGACGCGCUGGGGUACGAGAAGGCCCCCGCGUUCUCGAUCCUCGACACCUGCUACGACCUGACGGGGCACCAGGGGAGCAUCGCGCUGCCGGCGGUGUCGCUGGUGUUCAAGGGCGGCGCGUGCCUGGACGUGGACGCGUCGGGGAUCCUGUACGUCGCGGACGUGUCGCAGGCGUGCCUGGCGUUCGCCGCCAAUGACGACGACGCCGACGUGGCCAUCAUCGGGAACACGCAGCAGAAGACGUACGGCGUGCUUUACGACCUCGGCAGGAAGAUCGUCGGCUUCGCCCCCGGAGCUUGCUGAUCCAGCUCGCCGGUGGAGUAGCACGCGCGCGAUUCCUGAAUAACCAAUUGUUCGCCUGCAUCCGCUAAGCGGUAGGUGAUCAGCGUUGCAGAAAUGCAGAUUGAAGAUUAUCCUGUCUACUAGUAUAUAUGGCUGUCAGACGGUGAACUUUAAUUGA